GUGAUUUGUUUAAACUCGGGAUUUUUAUCUGGUUAAACUCGCAUUUUAAUAUCACUUUUCUAACAAUCUUGAAGAAAGAUAUUAUUUCUCGAGUUUUGGAAAAUCCAAAAAUGGCAAACUUGGAAAAUGCUGUUAACACUGAAACUGUUGGUUUAGAGCAUGUUUUUGUCGCCCCUGAAAAUGAUAAUUCUGUGUCUGUCACUAAUUCACAAGGCACACCUGAAUAUAUUGCUACGGGCUCGCACAGGGUGGAUUUAACCGGAAUGCCCGAAAAAUUUUCUGGGCAUUUUUUCAAGCGUUGGCAACAACGCAUGAAAAUUUGGUUAAUCACCAAGGGCUUGCUUUCAGUGAUUAUGACGGUGUGUCCUCCGGUUGUCGAAUCUGAUCCCAAAAGUCUUGAACGUCAUGGACUUUGGCUUGAGAGGGACGAAAUUGCAAAAGGCAUGAUUCUCAUGGGUUUAUCCGACAUGUUAUUUGAUGUCUAUUGUACCCUCCAUGGGACGGCCAAAGACCUUUGAGAUGAGUUAGAUAGAAAAUAUAAUACUGAUGACCACGGUCUUGAAAAAUAUAUUGUUUCUAAAUUCCUACGAUUUGACAUGAAAGAAGGAAAAUCGGUUUUAGAACAGACACAAGAAUUUGAGCUUAUCUUACAUUCUCUUCGUGAAGCGGACAUGGAAUUGCCUGAAAAAUUUAAAGUGAUGGCGGUCAUAGAAAAAUUUCCCAAAUCAUGGGAAGAUUUUGGUAUGACUUUAAAACAUAAAAUGAAAAAGAUCACUUGGAAAUCUUUGAUGCAUUCCAUUACGGUUGAGGAGGAACAUAAGAAAGCGGGUUAUAUUGCGCCUGUUGAAUUUCAACCGAAGGCUCAUGUUAUAACUGGGGGAAAGCAAGCACAUAACUCUAAAAAUAAGCAACCAUCAUCUUUUAAACCAAUAAAGGCCAAAUUAAAAAUUGCAAAGAAACCAAAGGCAAACCGACCAUGCUGGAACUGUGGACAGAUGGGGCAUUGGGCAAAAUUAUGUCCAAAUAAAAAGGCCAAGGCUCAAUCUGGGGGACCUCAAGUCAACAUGGUGACUGGAGGGAAUAGUUCUAAUGGCCUGCGGUUGGAAGAACAGUGAUGAUGGGGAACACAAGUGCUGCAAGUGUGCAAGGAAUUGGAAAAGUAGAAAUAAAAUUCCCUUCGGGAAAAAUUCUAUCUUUGCAUGGAGUGCAUCACGUUCCCGAAAUUAGAAGGAACAUCGUUAGU